AUGGGCAGCGGCCAGGCAGACUACCGCGCCGGGACCCUGUUCUGGUCAGACCCCGUCACUUGGCUCGGCACGCCGCACGCCGCCACCAACGGCCCCGCGCCUGGCGCCAACGUGUCCAUCCCCUUUGGCUGGAACCUCGUGAUCGACGCGUCGCCGCCGCCAUUGGGGCUGCUGCUUAUUGAGGGCAACGCAAGCUUCUCGUCGGCGGCGGACGUCAAUCUCACGGCCACAUACAUCGUCGUGCAGGGCACCGGCCGCUUGGAGGCGGGCAGCCCUGAGGCGCCCCACCCCACGCGUGCCACCAUCAAGCUGGCCGGCGACAGGCAGACCAGGGGGCUGGCAAUAAGCAACGAUCUGGUCCUGGGGUCCAAGGUGCUCGCGGUGAUCAACGGCGGCACGCUGUCCCUCCACGGCGCCCGCGUCUCGCGCCGCUGGACGCGCCUGGCCGCCCCCGCGGCCGCCGGCUCGGCGUCGCUCAGCAUCUCCGGGGCGGCCCUGGGGUGGGCGGUGGGGCAGACCGUGGUCGUCACUAGCACCACCUUUAACCCCGACCAAGCAGAGACCAGGAAGAUUACGGGCGUGACAGAAGUCCCCGCAAGCGGGACUGGCGCCGAGAACACGACGAGGCUCGCGCUGGACGCCCCCCUGUCCUGGGAUCACGGCGCAAGGACCGCCAGCUACCCCGGCAGCCCGUAUCACCUGGACAUGCGCGCUGAGGUGGCGCUGCUGGACAGCAACAUCUUGGUGGUGCCCGCUGAGCAGGACCCCGCGUCUGUUGCAGCGGUCGGGGGCUCAAGAUUUGGCCCGGUCGUGCUGGCGGCAGGCACUGGGACCACUGUGAGGGUGUCCCAGGUGGCCUCCCGCUACUGCGGCCAGUCAGGCCUCCAGCGCGCCUGCUGGCAGUUCCAAGGGCUCGCAAACGCGACGGCUGGGUCGAGCGGCGGCUCGAACGCCAGCAGCUCGGCGGCGGGCGGCAGCUACCUGUCGGGCGUCGCCACCUUCCGGGGGCAGGACGCGUCGCUGCGGCUGCUGGCGGCCAGCGGAAGCGCGCGGCCGCCGCCGCUGGAGUCUGCGGCCAGCGUGCUGGUCGAGGGCAGCGUCUUCCACGAGAGCUAUGAUGUCAGCACCGUGGUGAUUGCCGGCCCCAACAACGUGCUGCUCAACAACCUGGCAAUGGGCACGUCUAAGGACAUGGCAGGAAAAUCAAGCUUCGAUCAGCAGCUGCCCGCCACCUUCGAGCUCCUGGACGCCGCCGCCCUCAACAACACCCUCCGCGGCAACGUCGCCGCUGGCAGCCACCGCAUCGGCUUCCGCGUCGCCGGCGACGCCUGCCCCGCGGCCACGCCCUCGGCCUCGCUGGCGGCCGCCGCGGCGACGCCCGGCGCCCCCGGCCGGCCGCGGCGCGCGCAGGUGUUUGAGGGCAACAGCGCCCACAGUAGCCUGGUGUCGCUGGUCCUUGCGGACAACCUCGAGGGUGCCCCCUGCACCAGCCUCAAGAACUUUUCCUCGUGGGCCCUCUAA